CCGCUCAAUCAACUAGUCGCAUCUCGACGGCCGUCUCGCCAACAGCCAAGCAUUUUCGCUGAACUUAAGUUAAGUAAAGUUGGUUUGAAAUCAACAUGGAUUGUGGAUGUGCCCCGCCGAAUUUAGGCGGAAGCCUAAGUGCUACCUGUGGGUCUACAUUGCUCUUCAUGACCCUGUUGGAUUCUUUUAUUACAAAUAAAUGUGAUAUUUCGGAGAUUUGUCAGAGGGUCAGGCAUACAGUCACCCCUGAUUUGGAAUACGACUAUGUUGUCAUAGGAGGUGGCAGUGGAGGUGCCGUUGCUGCAGGGAGACUUGUUGAAGAAAAUAUGGGGAAAGUGUUACUGAUUGAAGCUGGAGGUGAUGAACCACCGGGUACCCAGGUGCCCUCGAUGGUUCUAAAUUAUUUUGAUAAUCCGGAAGUUGAUUGGCAGUACAAAACUGAACCGGAACCAGUUGCUUGUCAAGGUUACCCUGAAAAACGCUGUGAUUGGAUCCGAGGUAAAGUCUUAGGUGGUUGCGGUGUGCUCAAUGGUAUGAUGUACAUGAGAGGUGUACCACGAGAUUUUGAUAAUUGGGAAGCUGCUGGUAACCCAGGUUGGAGUUACAAAGAUGUUUUGCCAGUUUUCAAAGCCCAAGAAGAUAAUCAACAGAUUGGGACAUUAGUUGAUGCGGAGUACCAUGGUACAGGUGGACAUUUGACAGUUGCACAAUUCCCUGACCAUCCUGAGUUUGCUGAUGAUAUUCUUAUGGCUGCCCAGGAGAUUGGUCACACUGCUAGUAAUGAUCUUAAUGGAAAGGACCUGACUGGGUUUACCAUUGCUCAAACUAACAAUAGAAAUGGAACUAGGUUGAGUGCUGCAAGGGCUUACCUCCGACCAAACAGGGACAACCCAAAUCUUCACAUUAUGCUCAAAACCUUAGCAACCAAAGUGACCGUACAAAAUGUCAACGGACAAAAGAAAGCUACUGAAGUACAUUUUGAACACCAAGAUAGACCCUACAAAGUCCGUGUUCGUAAGGAGGUUAUCAUGGCAGGAGGUGCUAUUAAUACUCCGCAGGUCCUUCUACUUUCUGGUAUUGGUCCCAAAGAUGAACUCAACAGAUUAAACAUUCCAGUUGUUCAUGAACUACCAGGAGUUGGUAAAAACCUUCAGAACCACGUUUCAUUCUUCUUGUCUUUUACCCUUAAGAAAACAGAUAACUACAAUGACCUUGACUGGGCCGAAGUGAUGAAUUAUAUCUUGAAGAGAGAAGGACCCAUGACUUCAACUGGUAUGUCUCAGGUGACAGCUAGAGCCAACUCCAAAUACGCAGACCCAGCUGGUAACUACCCAGAUUUACAAGUGUUUUUCUCUGGUUACCUUGCUAAAUGUUCUACGACUGGUGAGGUUAAAUCCGCGACUGACCCUGAACACCCUGAAGCACCACGAUAUGUUGGUAUGGCUCCUGUUAACCUACAUCCAAAGAGUCGUGGGUAUUUAACACUCAAAUCCCAAAAUCCAUAUGAUCCACCAUUGAUGUAUGGAAACUAUCUUACUGAACCCGAAGAUGUGAAGACCUUAGUUGAAGGUGUCCGUUUAGCUCUGGCUGUUUCCAAAUCAAAGCACUUGGUUAACAAGUAUGGAAUGGAAUUGGUCAAGGAUGAUUAUGGUGAUUGUGAUAAACUCCCAUACGAUUCCGAUGAUUUCUGGGGUUGUGCAGUAAAACACUCUACAGGUCCAGAGAACCAUCAAAUUGGUACCUGCAAAAUGGGUCCAGAUUCCGAUCCAAAUGCAGUCGUAAACAACGAACUACAAAUCAAGGGUAUUCCCAACAUGAGAGUUAUGGAUGCUUCCGUUAUUCCUGUCUUACCAAGUGGUAACACAGCUGCUACCAUCAUGAUGUUGGCACAUAGAGGAGUUGAUUUCAUCAAAAAGACACAAGGACCAGAUGUACCCGAUUUAGGAAACAGAAAUCAAGUACGCCCACCAUCUUUCAGUGGCAGACCUCAACAUGGCCCCCAUCAAAACCAAGGAUAUCUCCCACCUUAUAAUUUUGCUCACCAUCAUAAUAUGGACUUCCAUAAUCGACACCCAGAAAUCCCAAAUCCGUUCGAACAAAGAGGUUAUAACACAAAAUCUCUUUGAUAUAUAUUUUUAUCCAUUUUAUUGUGAUUUAUGUUAAUUAUUUUUAUCUUAACAAUGAAGUGAAGAUCCAAAUGUAUUGCAAGGAUGACAAUGAUAUUAAUCUUAAUAAAAAUAAGCUUUGUUCCUUUCAUAUUGAGAAAUACAGUAACAAUUUACUCGAA